AUGGCAGCAACACAUCCACUCUAUAAUGAGUACCAAACCAGCUACUACAGCUCUUGCUACAACUAUUCGUCCCUUGGGCAAGAGCCAUUUAUUGCAAAUCAUUAUCAAACGGCUAUGCAGCAUACAAACAGUGACUCGAGUGUACCGCAGAUACAGCAACUACAAACUCCUCAAUACGCAUCGCAACAACAGCACGAAUAUCAUACUCCGCCAACAGCAUCAGCGAUUGGAUAUCCAUCCACGGGGCAGUAUUAUACCGAUGGACAAUUUAGCGCAACCCAGGUCAACGGCAAACAUCAUCAACAAAUGGAUCAGUAUAGCAAUCAGUUUGAUAGCUACUUUAGUUAUCCAUAUCAGCCUAUUGCACAUAAUAGUUCGUAUGGCUCACAAGGCCACGUAGGCGAACACUGGUUUAGAACAAAUGAAUCCGAAUACUUCAACGUCGGAGUGAUGGGGUGUAGUAAGAUUGGCGAAGCUGUCAAGGAACCAGCGAUGAAGAGAAAGUAUUCUGAAGACUUUGAUAAACAUGCGGAGGACACAUCAACAGUGGAAGGCAAUGACACAACGGACUCUCCUGCCUUGCGAGCGCUGCUUACUAAUCCGGCCAAAAAGCUGAAGUACAAUCCCCAUUACGCUAACGGCAUGAGGAAGAACUUGGUUCGUCGGGCUGGAGUAACGAUGGGUUGCAGUAAUGGUAUUCUUUCUCCUGCUGCCAGUGAUCGCAUCGUUCCCGAUAUUGUGCCAUUAUCACCUAACAAAACAGAUGAUAGUAUUGACAGCUUAUUGGAUAACACCUCAAAGCAAGGUGUUGAUACGACGCAGGGCGCAAACUAUACGCUGCACAAUCUAGGACAACCGACCACACCGAACUACGAUGGCGUUAGCACUCCGCCUCUUUCGCCAAAGGAUAUGGAAAGUGCUAUCUCAUCGCAAACGCGAACGGACCAGUCAUGGAACCAAAAUGGAGAUUCUGAAGAACACCCGAAAGAAGCAUCUAAACGAACUAGGCAGUCAUACUCUCGUCAUCAAACGCUUGAAUUGGAAAAGGAGUUCCAUUUCAACCGGUACUUGAAUCGAAGACGUCGUAUUGAGAUUGCGAACACCCUGAAGCUGACCGAAAGACAAAUCAAGAUUUGGUUCCAGAAUCGACGCAUGAAAGCAAAGAAGGAUCAUUCGUCAUCAACAAAUACACCGGAUCUGGCAUUGGAGGGUGACUUAUCGCAACCAUCUGCCGUACAAUCUCAACUUCCGAUCAGUAGUGAUCCGCGGCCUAUGUCGUUAAUUGCACCACCUACAACUAACCCUAUUCAUCACCUGGGAGGUCUUCAGUCAGAGCAACAUGCGUAUCAUCAUCCGCACCAUUCGCAGAAUCACUAUUACUACUCGCACCAGCUAUCGCCAAACGGGUUUCAGAACUCGAAUGCCACUUCCAGCGGAGCGUCGUACAAUCAUCAAUCGUAUCAAACGACUGGUAGAUAUAAUGCUUCGAGUUUUGUAUGA